GUAUGGUUUUAUCUCGUCUCGACUUGAUUUUAUUAGUAAUUUGGAAAGUACUUUGGCUUAUGAGCGGUAUUUUAGUGCUAUGUGAAGGACGUGGCUUGGACACCGGAAGUAAACAAUUAUUGAGUGAACGAAAACAGUAAACAAAAUGACAACACAGCUGAAGGCACCACAUUCUCUAAAGGCCAAAGUGAUGCUAUGGAGAGACAUAAGCUACCAUGACAUGGAGAUAAUUGAUCAGAUCAAGUCUGUUCCUGAUCUGGAGAGUGCUUUGUGCAGACUGUUUGGAAUAGAUCUCCCUGAGCCAAAAAGAGGAGUUGUACUGGAGCUGUACGUCCAGGCUGUGCUCUUUGGCAGGAAGCAGAGGUUUAAAAAAGAGCAGGCGUCUGCACUUCUGUCCAUCAUUAAGUCCAUCCAUGAGGCUAAUGUAGGGAAUAUCCUGAAGGAUGAAGAAGAGUGUUUCCAUUACUGUGUGGAACUUCUGCUGUGCCACUCAGUCAGGGUUUGUAGGACAGUUUUACUUUCAUUUCAACUUCAUUGCAUUGCCAUGUUGCACUGCUUCCUGUUCUUUUCCUGCACACCACAGCGGCCUCCCUUCAGCAUCAACAUCUUCACUUUUGAGCAAGCAAACAGCAUCCUAAAAUAUCUGGACAACGUCUAUUUGAAAUACUGCAAACUUUACAAGUACAUCUUUACGCCACAGCACAGACUUGAUCUGUUUUUGACUUACUCUGGGAUGGAGGAAGAUGCAUCUUCUGCUGUGGAAGAUAGAGAUGUUGCUGAUUUGAUGGAGGAAACGAAAGAAAGGCUGACCACAGAUCAGCAAGGGGCCUCUGAUCGUUCCCUGGAUCUAAAACCAGUUAUAUAACAAUACAUCAGACAGAAAAUGAGGUUUUGUGAUUCUCCAAGUAUAAUCACUAAGACUGAAAAUAAAGAAAAAUUUCCAAACUGUA